AUGCUAGCGUUCCAACUUCGUUCUGCCAAGUUGAAUGGAGAUCUUGUGCCACGACUUGCCCUUGCUUGCAGCCACGUGGUCAUUGACAAGCUCGUGCUGAACUUCAAGGAGUCCAAGUUAAGUUGGUUGUACAACACCAUGGGCUACCUCUUCCAGACAGCUGUGAGGGAUUAUGUGGUGUCCACGCUUGGUGCAGCUGUUAACGGCAACAUGGCAAGUCUGCUCACUCCGUUAAAUGGCUAUUUGCGCCCAUAUUGGCCGUUGCUUCUCUCCAAUGUCGCCAUUCCACUGGAGAAGCUGCCAAGCACUGACCUGGAGGAAUACACAGUUCUGUUGGGGUCUGAGGGGAAAGUGCCGGUGGGCGCAGACUUUGUCGAUGCUGAGGGAGGCCUCACAUUGGUUGCAUUGGAGGAUGGAGGUGCACUUCAUCGCUGGAACCAAAGUGCUCCAGAAGAGAGGAAGGUGAAGACUGGUGACUUGCUUUACCAAGUUGACGGCAAGUGCGGGGAGGACAUGAUUCAGGCUCUUGACAAGCAGGAGGUUGAUGAGUUAUUGUUCCGGCGAGCAGCCACAAAGGGGGCUGUGAUAGAUUGGGAUGAGGCCAUGUUCGAUUCAGGUCCAGACGGCGAGUGA